UCUCUCUCCCUCUCCUUCGCCCUCUCUCUCACUCACACACACACAUUCUCCCUCACACACUCCCUCUCUGACGCCUUCUUCUUCUCAAUGGAGGCCAUGAGAAGAAAGCAGCCCGCUGGUCUAGCCAAGGGCAGUGUGGAUAAGGGUGCCUCCACAAAAAAAGAGGAACUCAAUGCAGCAAGCAACGGAGAGGAGAAGCCAGAUGGGGACGAAGAGGUAGCAGCCAGACUGGCCUCCACUGCAGCAGAGGCAAUGCUAAACGGCACUGAAUGUGACGACGCGAGGCACAAGAGCCCGACACACGGCUCUGCAACGGGCAGCAAGAAGACUUUACUGUUGGUUAACGAAAACGGCACGUCAGACACAGAGCCACCGCACGGUUCUGUCACUGGAAGCAAUGGGUUCAUUCUCACUAAGCAGCAGCAGGAAGAUGGCUCUGCAGCGACGCCGGGUUUGGGAGUUUCCCCUCAUAGGACUAACUGGUUGCCUUCGGGCUCACCAGCAGGGGGGAGCACAGCCAAACCCCUCCCUGCCUUGGCGUCUGGGUGUGCACAGAGUUUAGGUGCACUAAGGACUGACCCCAGCAUGGGGACUACAUCGGGACAAGGGACACCAGACACUAAAAAUGGCACAGCACCAGCUCCAACACCGGCCCCAGCACCCGUCACGAUACACAGAGCGCGCAAGACCAUGUCCAGACCUGCUGUCAGUGCGGCACAAAAGCUUCUUAACAGGGAAUUAAGAGAAGCAAAGAGUGCCAAAAUGGAGAAGACGGAGGCUCAUGUUGCACCCGACGCCCAGAAGUCCUCGUCGCAGUCCUCCGCUCAGAACCACCUACCUCAGAGUCCACCGGAUACGCCAGCUUCAGCACAAACGGCUUCAUCAGCUCCACCAACGCCUCCAGCGCCUCCACCACCACCCCUGGCUCCCGCACCACACUCUGCUCCUCCAGCUCCGGCCAAACUCCACCUAGGCUCUUACUCAGGAGGGUUGUCAUCCCGUAAGAAGAAAAGGAGGAUGGGAACGUACAGUCUGGUUCCCAAGAAGAAAGCCAAAGUGCUCAGGCAGAGAACUAUGAUGGAAAUGUAUAAGGAUUUACGACACUCCAAGAGUCCACAGACUAAAGAGGUAUCAAACAUAAAUGGGGAGAAGGUUGAAAAUGCAUCAGAGGAGGAGGAGUCCGAGGAGGUGGAGUCGGAGGAAGAGGAGCGACAACAGCCAGCGGAAGAACCUGUCAGCGUUGCCCAGGAAGCAAGAUCUGAACCCAUCUCUCAGGAGGCGGGAGACGAGCAGGAGUCUGAGGAGUCUGGAGAAGAAGAGGGAGAGGAGGAGGGCACAGAGUCUGACUUGAGCACAGAGUCCAGUCUGAAGAAAAAGUUGAAAAAGAAAACAAAAGCAGACAGCGCGUGGCUCAGGCCGUCCAGGAAACGCAAGAGGAGGCUAAAGGCCAAAGUCUUCUGCUCAGAACCAGAGGCGGUGGAUCAACCUCAGGCCUCAGCCCACACCCCGGCAGGCGAUAGGAAGGAGUACACGCAGAUUCCCUCGCCUGAGUCGGUCAACCUCAACAAGCCCCAAGAGCCGACGGUUUCCUCACAGGUCAAAGACUCUCUGGGGUCGGCCAUUGAGGAGGCUCAGGAGCUUCCGCUCUGCAGCUGCCGUAUGGAGACGCCCAAGAGUCGAGAGAUUCUCAUCCUGGCGGACAGGAAGUGCAUGGCCACAGAGAGCGUGGAUGGACAGCUGACCCGCUGCCAGGGUGCCAUACUGAAACAUGAAAUGAUGCGUCCCUCCAACUCCGUUCAGCUGCUGGUUCUGUGCGAGGACCACCGUAACGGCAUGGUGAAGCACCAGUGCUGCCCCGGGUGUGGCUUCUUCUGCAGGGCUGGGACCUUCAUGGAGUGCCAACCGGACGUCAGCAUCUCUCACCGUUUCCAUCGUGCUUGUGCCUCAAUGCUGAAAGGUCAAAGCUUCUGUCCCCACUGCGGAGAGGAGGCCAGCAAGGCCAAGGAGGUCACCAUCGCCAAGGCCGACACCACCUCCACUGUGCCUCCUGGGCUGACACACGGACCUGCCACCACCGGGGUCCCCGAGGGCCGAGCAGACACCACCACUGGCAGUUCUUCUCGACUGGCCGUGGGGGCUGAAGUCAGCGGGAAGGCCGACAGUUCGCUGCCCAUCCGUUCUGCACAUGGACUCGACACCCCUGCUGUUCCCGGGUCAUCUAGGACCGCACUGCUGCAGGCCGGGACAGGAACAAUGGACUCACCCACAAUCCCUCAAGGAACGCAGAGAGAGACUCUAGAGAGCAUCCUGGUAGCUCUCGACACAGAGAAACCCAAGAAGCUACGUUUUCACCCCAAACAACUUUACCUCUCAGCCAAACAGGGAGAACUCAAGAAGGUCUUGCUUAUGUUGGUGGACGGUAUCGACCCAAAUUUUAAGAUGGAAUCUCAGAACAAACGCACACCUCUCCAUGCCGCAGCUGAGGGAGGACACAAAGACAUCUGUCACAUGCUCGUACAAGCUGGUGCGAACUUGGACAUGUGUGAUGAAGAUCAGCGGACGCCACUCAUGGAGGCGUGUGAGAACAACCACAUGGAGACUGUCCUGUACCUGCUGAGAGCUGGAGCAAGCGCCACGCACAAGGAUGUUGAAGGGUUCACGUGUCUCCACCUAGCGGCAAAGUCUGGUCAUUACAACAUUGUCGAGCACCUUCUGUCCACAGGAUUGAUUAACAUAAACUGUCAGGACGAUGGCGGUUGGACAGCCAUGAUCUGGGCGACAGAGUACAAGCAUGUGGACCAGGUGAAGCUACUUCUGUCCAAAGGAGCUGACAUCAGCAUCAGGGACAAGGAAGAGAAUAUCUGCCUUCACUGGGCAGCAUUCUCCGGCAGUGUGGACAUCGCCGAGCUGCUCCUGAACGCCCGCUGUGAUCUGCAGGUCGUCAACAUCCAUGGAGACUCUCCUCUGCACAUCGCUGCCCGGGAGAAUCGUCUGGACUGUGUCACACUUUUUCUGUCCCGAGGGGCAGAUGUGUUUCUGAAGAACCGCGAGGGAGAAACUCCUCCAGACUGCUGCAGCCACAACUCAAAGGCCUGGGCAGCCCUGCAGGCCCACAGGAGGGAGAAGGAUGCCAAGAACAGCAGGCUCAAUCGAACAGAGCAAAAAGUCCUUCACAGUGACAUCGCUCUGGGGCAGGAGCGUGUUCCCAUUCCCUGUGUCAACUCUGUCGACAGUGAACCUUAUCCAGACGGCUACAAAUACAUCCCCGAAAACUGUGUCACUUCCCCCAUGAACAUCGACAGGAACAUCACACACUUGCAGUACUGCGUUUGUAAAGAAGACUGUUCAACAAGUAUCUGCAUGUGUGGACAACUCAGUCUGCGCUGCUGGUACGACAAGGCUGGUCGUCUUCUACCUGAAUUCUGCCGUGAGGAGCCUCCUCUCAUCUUUGAAUGUAACCAUGCAUGCUCCUGUUGGAGGACCUGUAAGAACCGUGUAGUGCAAAACGGACUCAGGACGAGGCUUCAGCUCUUCAGGACCAAUAAGAAGGGCUGGGGUGUUCGUGCAGUACAAGACAUACCACGGGGGACCUUUAUAUGCGAGUACGUAGGUGAGAUCAUCUCGGAAGCCGAGGCAGAGAUGAGGCAGAAUGACGCUUACCUGUUCAGUCUGGAUGAUAAGCCUCAAGAUCUGUACUGCAUCGAUGCCCGUUUCUAUGGAAACAUCAGCCGCUUCCUUAAUCACAUGUGCGAGCCCAACUUGUUUGCCUGUCGAGUGUUCACGACACACCAGGACCUCCGUUUCCCACACAUUGCCUUUUUUGCCAGUGAAAACAUCACAGCUGGAGAGGAGCUUGGAUUUAACUAUGGCGACCACUUCUGGGAAGUCAAAAGCAAACUGUUCAACUGCGAAUGUGGCUCUUCUAAGUGCAAGUACUCGUCAGCAGCCAUGGCAUCGCUGCAGGCGGAUAGCACACCAGAGGACCGGCAGCAGCCCAGCGCGUCACCUGACACCAGCUCUUCCAACAGUCCUUCCAGUCCUUCUUAAAACUGUCCUCACACUAAACUUCGAUACAUGUACACGACUGACGGACACACAGGGAUGCCUGUCUUCAUCCUCCUUGAAAUUUUGUCUAUAUCUAUAGGUCCACUUCUUGAUUAAAACCAUGGACCAUCAAACAUCAAGAGAACCCAUAAUACGCUGUCACACGGAACCAGACGCACAAUCAAAUCCUGAAAGAACUUCACUGCUCCUGUUAUUCCACCUUGUAUAACAUGAACAGCAGGGGGCAGUGACAUUACACACAGCAAAUGUCACAGAGGACAAUAAAAAAACAGUCUUUGCAUUUCAUAUAUAACUCUACUGGGAAGGAGAACUGUGCAUUUUGUCUUCUCUGUCUUUUUUAAAGAUUGGUUGAUAUUGUUAAAUGGCUUUUCUUAUGGAGUCAUGAUCAAGGAAUUUUGGGGUUGGGGAGGAGGGUUGAGACAUAGGAGUUUGUCUUUUGAAAAGACAACUUCAGCAUACAGCUGGGUUUAACUUGUUUGACCUUUGUGGUCAUUUAUCAUCAACCAUUCCAGCAAAAUUAGACGAUAAAUAUUGAAUUAUGUUGCCACUUUGUGUCAUUUGAACUUUGUUACAGUGUUUGACAUGUCCAACAUUUGCCACCAUAGUUUAUUAAUUGACAAAUUAACUGCAAUGAUGUGAAAGACAAAGAAGUGUUGCAAAAAUUUUACUUUUUUUUAUUUUUAAUUGCUACUCAAAUGAGUAUAGAUUGUCUGAUACAAAGAUGCUGUACCAUUCCUCAAAAAUGAGGUUUUUCUAGUCUGAAUAAAUCAGCUGGUCUUUUUAUUAAGCAUGUUUAAGGGGAUCUUAAUGUGUCAGAUAUUUUGCCACAGUAGUCGAAUAAUUGAUUAAACUGAAAAUUGAGUUAAAAACAAACAAGAAAAUGGUGCUGACAAAGGUUUUUACUUUUGUUUUCAUUUUUAUUACCGAAGUGAACAUAGUUUGUAAAAUAAGAGAAUGUUUUAAGUUUUUUAUGUUUAAUUUUAAGUCCAGUUUUCUAAUCGUAGUAACUGUAGUUAGGCUGUUUUUAAUUUUGUUUCAUGAUUUUGCCGACAGAAGCCAACCCGUCUUUUUAAAUGUUGUUAGUAAAGCAGUGACUGUUGUGCAAAGUCUUGAAAGGUAUAAAUGGAAAAAAAAAAGGUUAUAAAAAUGCACUUCCAUAACGUUCUGUUACAUAUUUCUGGACCGUGAACCAUCCAUCUAAUUGGUUGUAUCUUUUUCAAUAAAUUUACUACUAAUGCAUUUA